AUGUCUCGUGAGUCCGUCGACGCCCGGGUGCAUCCUCGUCGCCGUGUCUUAAAUGGUGGCCUGCCCGCCCCGACACACCCCACCCCCGACAUGGACACCACCUCUGAGGCUGCAACUUUUCCUAGUCUCCAAAGAGGAACUACUUAUCAUCCCCUCUCCUCACCCCCUUGUCAGGAGCGGGACCCUCUCUUGAACUUCCCCUCGUUGCCGCGUCGCUCACCUACCUGUCCAAAGACUCUCGAGGCGGUCGCUGCUGGCCGCCGGCGUAUGGAAGAAAUACUUAACCAGCUUGAUCUUGGUGCUUUGUCGUUGUCCGACGACCUCCCAAUUCAGGAAAAAAUGGCAAAUUCGAACCUGAAUCUCAAUCUCCCAGGAAACUCCCAAUGGAAGCAUGCAACCAAUACUUCCAAUAUAGGAAAGGCCCACACACUCCCCGAGCAGGUCACUGGCCAUAGCCGACAAGCCUCCGACAGUGGUUUGGGCUCUUCCGUUAGCACCACAGGACUAAGGGACGCCAAGGCCGUUCACUUUGCUGCUGAACAAGAAGGCGCAGCUUUCACCCAGAGUGCCAUCACUCAAACUCUUUCUCUUCCUCCUUCAAACUCUGGCGAGACCCAGCGUCCCAUCUCUGACGCCGCAUGUAAAGUCAUUGAGCAACGCAUUGUCGCUCCUAUCCUACGCGAGGAGCGACUUAAACCAUUUCACAAUCUCGUUCAAACCGUUCCAGAACGCCUUAGGAGAAAGGAAAUCAGAUGUCUGCGAGACCUUGAAAAGAUCCUCCUUUGGCUAGCACCUCGCUACGCAAAGUCUGUUCAGUUGUUCUCUCGGUACUGCGAAUUCACGAUCCAGCGGGUUUAUAUGACAGUGCCAUAUCUCAACGACCGUGAUCGCCAUUUGCCUGCCGACCGCCCUUAUACUAACGGAUAUUUCCUCGAUCUUGUCGCACAGAUUCAGCAAUACGCAGCUAUGCUAUCAUUCCACCGCGAACGCAAUAACGCUCAGUCGCCUGCCUCUCAGUCUACUGCCAAAGCUGGCGAAACACCCACAAUGUAUGUUUCAGGUUUACCGCCUUAUUCAGUAGAUUUAUUAACUCUUUUUAGCAUGGCACCUCCUACUCUAGAAGGUGGAUUGGCUCAGACCGGGCGUCCUGCCACCUUGGUAACCAACAUCGACGGGAAAACAAUUUCUCUUGCCGACGGUGCUCCUUAUGAUCCAAGCGCCAUCGCUGUCAUGAAGCGCUCCUUCAGCAGCGAGAGCAACGACGAAGGAGUUGAGCGUUCUAUGGCUCGACGGAAAAAGAACGCGCCUCCUAUGGAUAUCAACAAAAAAUGCAGCCAUUGCGACAAGGUUUUCAAAAGACCAUGUGACUUGACCAAACACGAAAAGACCCAUUCGCGUCCAUGGAAGUGCACUGACCCCGAUUGCAAGUUUUCCAUGAUCGGAUGGCCAACUGAGAAAGAGCGCGAUCGUCACGUUAAUGACCGUCACUCCAACGCUCCAAGCAUCUAUCGCUGCAAAUUCUCCCCGUGCAGCUAUACAUCAAAACGGGAAAGCAACUGCAAGCAGCACAUGGAGAAAGCCCACGGCUGGCAAUACGUUCGCUCUAAAAACAAUGGUAAACGUGGCAAGCCUCUCUCGCCAUCGGCUUCUUCGUCUUCUCGUCAAGAGACCCCUCCAACCCCAGCGAUGUCCACCCCAAUUUCCAAUCUGACCAACGACAUCCCAACUCCUGCAAGCGGUCAUAUAAUCUCACCUUACUCGAACAACAUUUCCUAUGAUCCCUCUCUCUACAACCCCUCUCCUCAAUAUGACGGGUUCGUCGAAAUAUCCGGUGGACAGCCUUUCAACUUCGCAGAGCCUCCUCUUGCUCCUCCUUUUGAUUUCCAACUUUUUCCUGAAACCGACCUGGACACUAUCGGAUUGGAAAAUAUGCCUCCUACCGAUGAGUUUAUGGAUUUCCAGGCGGCUCUUGAGGCAUCUGAUCCCACCAGCCUCAUCGCACCUUCUGCGGAUAUGGACCUGGAUCAAUUUGGCCAGGAUCAGAUGGGACAGUAUUGCUUUGACAAUGAGUAUUACAACUACUCUACCGGUAAUGGGCUGCCUGAGAUGUAG